UCCGUGCAGCAGCAGCUCGUGUCGCGUAUUGGCCAUGCUGAGGCGCGCAGAAAUUAUUUAACCGCGAUACGAAUCGGUUGUGUUUUUGGCGUUUUUCGCGCGCUGUUUUAUUUUCCAAACUUUCCGUGUCUGUAUGUGUCUUCUGUGGUGCAUUAGGACACGCGCGUUGCAUCGAAACGAUUCUCGGUCGAAUCAAGUGGAUUUUAAGUUUUGAUCGCGCCCGCGUUUUUUGUGUCUGAUUUCUGAAGACUGUGGCUGAAGUGCGUGUCGCAGAAGGGAAAUUUUCGACGUACGCACAGGAUUUUGUGGUCCAAUCGGGACGAGAUAAGCCGCGAAGUCGUCGUCACUCCAUCCCCCUCGCGACGUGUUAGAAGAAGAUCUUCGAUUGAUUAGAAGUGCUAUUCUGCAGGAAGCCACAGACCCGUGUCCGUAGAGGUUGGCGCUGGGCUGCGGUUUGCGCCGCUUGACCGGAAUUUCAGUGAAACGUGCAAUAAAACAGUGAAGAAUAGGUGGCGGUGUUCAGAAUAACCGGAAGUCACGGUGGACCAAGCCCCCUCGAUUGGGUCGUUACCCAAUUUUUCCCAACCAUCUUUUCGAACCCAGUCUAGGCACCCGUAGAUUUGUAACCGAACCCACCGCCGGAGAUGGCCUUCUUUAGGGCCUAUUACUGUUCAGUGCUACUGUUGUUCUACUUUGGGUCCUUGGUCCAAAGUGGAACUCCGGUGCGGCCCGGUACCGGUAAUCCGUCGCCGCGUUUGCCUCGUACCAGUGCCAGCCAGCUGUCCGCGCAGAACAACAACAGCACCGGAGUGCGCAACUUGGCCGCCAAGAACCUUACCGCCCAACAGGGAGGACGUGGGAACUACAGAUCAAGGGAGCAGCAGCUGCUGAAUGUGUUCGAAGUAGUGGUAUCGACGUUGGAGGGUAAACUCCAGCGGAUAGACAACCUGGACAAAGCGGUGGAACACCUGAUGCGACGGGUGGAAUCGUUGGACAGUAAGGUGGGGGACAAUAUCCACAAAACUGAUUCGGUCAUCACUAAGCUCCGGACGCUGGACAGUAAACUGUCGGCAGCGGGAGACGAUGAUAGGCCAAACAGUGUCCGGACGGCCAAGUCCACGAACAGCUUGGACAGUCGAUUGGUGUCGUUGGAUCAGAAGGUUAGCGAUAUCGAUAACAAGCUGAACGGACUCAAGAAUCAGAUCGACAGUAAUUUCUUACCGCUGGACGAUAUAAAUGCUGAAGCCAGUGAACGUAAGACUGUUAGCAUGAAUGUGGCCGAAAUUACAAAGGCAAUGCACUCAGAGGUGAUGGGGCAUAUCACUAAGGAGUUGGGUCAACUAAGAGCGAUCCAGGAAGGUAUCGAUAAGAAACUCCAAUUCCACAUCAACAUCGUAUCGGAGAAUUUGGGCAAGACCAUCAACCUGCUGAAUGAAGUCCACGAUGCGGUGGUGGACCACAACAUCAACUUCAACUACAACUCGACUUCUACGAUUCCACCAUAUGUGAAGGCCAGCAAGAUCGACAUCCUGGUGAAGCAGAUCCGACCGAUCAUGUCCGUUUCGGAGAAAAUGGACGAAGUGUGGGACGUUGUCGUGGGAACCAAGAGCUCCGUUGACGAUCUGGUACCCAAAUCGGAUGCUCUUCUCACGCAGAACCAACGGCAGGAACGUGCCAUCGGCGAAAUUCAUCACGAUUUGAAAACCAAAACGAACCUGAUCAUCAACAACUUGGACAUGGUGGAGAAGCGACUCAAGAAACAGGAAGAUGACGUGGCAGUCUUGGCACAACGUCCCGUUCCCGCUGAACUUCUGAUGGAUCCCACGAUUGACCGACUCGUUGAAUACGAUCCCAACCGUUCCAACAAACACAGGUACUCAAUCGUGGAGGACUUCACGGAAGCCCUGCCAACGACGACCUACCCCACUUCAUCUUCGACGACGAGCACCAGCAGCAGUAGCAGCAGCAGCAGCACCACCACCGCUAGCAACGUGAAUCUUCCCAACACGACAUCGGCUUCGGCGCAGACGGUUCAGGCAGGAGGCAAAAACGUGUCCCGUAAAGGCGGAAUCAUCUUCCCCAGUGUGAAGAACAAGCCUUCCGUGCUCAACAACACCUUUGCCAGCGAGAGCCUGCUCUUCAAAGACAUUAAGGGAUUCUCCUGUGCCGACCUGAUGAACGCCGGAAUGCGCCAAUCCGGAGUGUACUAUCUUCAAAUCCGUGGCACCACCUACUGGUUCCUGAAGGUGUUCUGCGAGCAGGAAGUUGCCGACGGUGGAUGGACUGUCAUUCAACGACGUGACGACUUUGGCGAGCCCCGGGAAAACUUCAACCGCGACUGGGCUGACUACAAGAACGGAUUCGGCGAUCCGGCGAAGGAAUUCUGGCUCGGCAACGAAAACAUCUACAUGCUGACGAACAACGAGGACUACUCGCUCCGGGUCGAGCUGGAAGAUUUCGAAGGAAACAAGAGGUACGCACAAUACUCCCAUUUCAAGAUCCAUUCCGAGCAAGACUACUACAAACUGGAAAUCGAUGGCUACGAAGGCAAUGCCGGCGACUCGCUGAACGACCCCUGGUACGGUUCCAACAAUAGCCCCUUCUCGACGUACAACAGGGACAACGAUCGGAGCUCGUUGAACUGCGCCAGCAUGCUCAAGGGCGGCUGGUGGUGGAAGUCAUGCGGCCGAGGACUGAACGGACUCUACCUGCACGAUCCCCAGGAUCUGACCGCCCGGCAGGGCAUCGUCUGGUUCCGCUGGAGAGGCUGGGACUACACCCUGAAGAAGGCCACCAUGAUGAUCAAACCGCGAGGUCCACAGGCAGCGGCUCAGCAACAGAUAGCGGCUGCGGCAGCGGCGGCGACGACGGCGUAAAAAGUAGGGGCAACGAGGAGGCGUUCUGUUUUUGGUUCAUUCGCGCGCAAACUCAAGAGUUUUUUGUACAAAUUCUUUUUUGUUUUCAUUGUUUUCUGUUUUGUUUUUAUUGUUUCAAACAAUCGGUCUUUAAAUGAUGCGACUACGAAAAACGCAAGCCGAAACAUGGAAGAUAACGAUGUUUCCAGGCUCUCGAGAUAGAAAAUUGCCUAAAAAUGUGUCCCUUGUUUCGGUUAUCCAAGGGACCCCCGCCAAUUACAAAAACACCCGCAAUAAUGUUUAGAGAUGCUUGUAAAUUUAUCCAUGUCUUGCCCUUAGAGUGAAUGGGACUUUCCUCUAUCCAACUCUGCCUUUUUGAGCAACUCCAAUCCUCCGUCCUUUUUGUUGUAUAUGUAUUUUACGUUUAAUUUAUUAAAUUUAGUUGAAAGGACGAGCGUGAGAGCGAAAGCAAAAGAAACCAUCACUUUUAUUUAGCGAAAUAUCUUAGUCUUACGGUCUGUGGCGAGACACGAAAUAGAAGGGAACGUUAAUUAUAUAUUGUUGUAUAUCCCGCCAUGGGUUUUCUGGAAAAUUUGACUUCCAAAUGACCAAACUUAUACGGUAAGAAGAUGAAAAGAGAGUACAACACGAACGACGGUUUUGACAUUUUUUCCAAAACAUCCAAAAAGUAUGGAAACCAAGCGAUAUUUUUCUUUUCUUAUCCUAUAAACUCUGGCCUUUAUACGCAGACGAAGAGAAGAUAUCCGAAGAUCACGAACUGAAAGAGAUUGUUUAACGAUAGUGUAUUUGUUUUUUAUUAGAUAAAAUUGAUCAUCCCUCAUGCACAAUAUAUUUUCGAAUGUUUUAUUUUUCUACUUGGUUUAUUCGCUACAUUGAGGGUGUGGAAUGCGUUGUGUCUUGGUUUACUGAGAAAUGCUAAAUGUCUAUCGUUGAGAUUUAUGAUCCGUCACAAACUAUUGCCUUCAUAUUACUCUGCAAGAAGACACCCCUAAUAAACCACGGCGAGUUCAUUUGACAUUCGCCAUCUAAUGUCAAAUGCACGUCAAAUGUGGCACAUUCCAUUGUCAAUCCCUUGCUACUGUGAGAUGCACCUGGUGACAGCUUUGUGCAACCGGAAAGGUCAUCACGUUUGGAUCUCUCCGGAAUUAGGUUUCCCCGUUGGCCAUCUCUGUGAAUACAGUGCGGACCACCAUGACUCUGCACAAACAACUUGACGUUACCUAAUUCUGCCAUGGUGUGACCUCGCCUCUUCUUAACAACCAUGCUGCUACCAAGAGGAUCAUAAUUCAUUUCACCAUGUCGCGAGGAUUGCGAUUUUUCAAAACCUUUCGCUUUUUCUUCGCUUCAGCGGAACAGAGUCUUUUGCCUUAUACCGUCUUUAGCAUGCGGACGUUCGUUCGCUCAAAAGGAUUGAGCUAUAGACAUACAAUUCUAGAGUUAGCCAACGGUGGUUACAGAUUUUUAUGUUGCAAAAGCUUGCCAUCAUCAUUAGGAAAUCAUAAUAACUAAGUACGCUCGAGGUCUUAUAUUGACUGUGAAAAGAGAUGCUUUUACGAGUUUUUAGAUCCGGAUGGUGAAGGCAUAAAGUGCAGCUGCCGUUAUGUAAAACAUGCGGUUGAACGAAUGCGCCUUCAGGUUCAUAACCUUAAACAAUAUGGAACAGAAUAACAGUUCUUUCGCCAAUUUUUGAACCCUAUGAGAAUUACAGGUUUAAAAAAUAUGGCAAUUCAAUCAAAGUUGGCUGUUCGCAAUUAAACCGAAUGGAUAUUAUGUUAUUGAUAAAGGCUUUAUCGUAUUUCAUUAAGCAGUCAUAAAGAAAAAGUUUUUCGAAAAAAAAAAAAAAAAAAAAAAAAACAAUUGAUCAGAACAGGGUGUUUGAUGUUUUUUCAUAAACUUUGACGAAGUUGUUAAAUAAGUCCAUAAAUAUGAAAGUAUUCCAACAUGGCGUGAAAUUUUUACUCAUUUUGAUACAUAAUUUUACUUUAUAGGCAGUUUUCUUCAGCUUUAACAUUUAGCAUUUCUAAGUGCAAUAAAUUUGCCAAGCAAACAAAUUCGACAAUGAAUCAGUUAUUGAUUAACGUGAAUCAUUCCGAGACUACGAGCGAAGUCACUAUUCAAUCUAGUAACAUACCAUGGAAAUCAAAACUCUCAUCAAUCUUCAUCAUGUGAAAAACUAUGGACAAACAUGUAAGGUUCAAGUUCAGUCACUAAGAAAAAUAAAACAUUGUCACAGAAAAGAAACCCAUCCUGCACCACAAAAGAAAAAGAAAAUAUAUAAUACUGUUAUGCAACAAAAUCAAUAAAUAUAGAAUCAUCUAUACACUCGAUCAUUUAAGUGUAGAAAAUCGAAGUUGAAAAUAGCCACAACUCAACAGAAUAAUAAAUCGAAAAAAACAAUCAAAAUUAAGAAAAAAAAAAUCUACAGCAAUCGUCAAUUGUUUGCAGUAAGUAAAACUAUUGGAAUUAUUCACACACAAAAACACACCCAUAUAAGAAAAAACAAGCAACGCAGACCACCACACACCACAGAUGCACAACAUUUUUGAAGAAAUAAUUGUAAGUAAAAGUAUAGGAACCCUGUUCGGCGAAACGAAAUCAUCUUCGGAACACACAUACACACGCACACAUACAUUAGCGGAAGCAUAAGCAAAACAAGAUAUAUACGAAAACCGCAGCAGAGAAAUCCAAUUGUAAAUAUCGUUUUAAUUUAAUAGUUGUUAGGAUGUUUUUAUACUGAAGUAAAACGAAUGUGAAAAUAGUUGUAAAAAAA